AUGUCAACUGAUACCGAAUACAAAUACCCUGAAUCCAAAGGAGAUUUGAACUUUCUUUUGAGCGAGUAUCAAAGAUUGAGUAAAAGUAGUGAAAGUGCCAAAGAACAACAUGAUGAAGGUAAAUUUACUGAUCCUAAUGUUAAUGCUAGAUUAACUAUUGAAAGUAUAUUUUAUAAAGUAAUUCAAAAUCAUUAUAUAUAUAGUAAAGAAUCAACCAAGUUCUAUGAUGAGUUAACUGUUAAUGAUAAUGAUGUUGAUUAUGAAUUAUUACAAAAACAAAUUAUAGGAUUACAAUUAUUAUCAAAAGAUUUAGAUUUACCUGAAGAUUUACAAAUAGAUUUUAAACAAACAUUAGGAGAUUUCCAAAUAACUGAAGAGAAUAAUGAUGAAUUAAUAUUUGAAAAUUCGGUGGAAUUCAAUGAUUAUAAUGAAAAAUUGAAGAAAUUAGGUAUAAAUGUUAAAGAUAUUCAACCACCCCAAGAUAAAUUAGGUAAUUUAACUACUGAACAAAGUAUCUCAUCCAAAAUAUCCAAUAGAAUCCAAGAUUUAGAAAAUGUUCCUUUAAGUUUAGGUACUUUCAAUAUUGGUGAGGAAAAUGAAGAUUAUUCCCAAUUACAACAAUUAAAAUUAAACAGUUUAAUUGAAUUAAAAUCUUUAAAAGUUUUAAGUAAACAAAAACAAUUGAAAAGAUUACUUAUAAAUUAUUUAUCUAUUGAAAAUUUAUCGUUUGAUAGUGAAUUAUCCAAGAAUUCAUUAAUAAAUUUAAUUAUUAGAAGUUUUAAUCAAAGAAAUAAGAUCAAACAGAAUGAACCAGAGAAAUUAGCUAUUAAAUUAGAUGAAAAGCAAAAAUUAGAAACUAAGAAAAAACAACAUUUAUUACAAUUAGAAAGAAUUAAACUGAUAAUUGAUUAUUGUUCAGGAUUAAUGGAGAAUAAAAUUAAUAAGAAUAAUCGUAAAAAUGGUAUAAUUAAGAAUAUUACUAAUUUCCAUAAUAUUAUAGCUAAAGAUGAAAGUAAGAAAUUAGAGAAAACUGCUAAACAACGUUUACAAGCAUUAAAAGCUAAUGAUGAAGAAGCUUAUAUGAAAUUAUUAGAUGAAACUAAAGAUCAUAGAAUUACUCAUUUAUUAAAACAAACCAAUACUUUCUUAGAUUCUUUAGCUCAAGCAGUUAAAGUUCAACAAGUUGAAAGUGGAGCAGAAAUUCCAAUGGAACAAGAAGUUAAAGAUCAAGAUAAUGAAGAUGAAAUUAGAGAAAAAAUUGAUUAUUAUCAAGUAGCUCAUAGAAUUAAAGAAGAAAUCAAAGUUCAACCUUCGAUUUUAAUUGGUGGAACUUUGAAAGAAUAUCAAUUAAAAGGUUUACAAUGGAUGGUUUCUUUAUAUAAUAAUAAAUUAAAUGGGAUUUUAGCUGAUGAAAUGGGUUUAGGUAAAACAAUUCAAUCAAUAUCUUUGAUUACUUAUUUAAUUGAAAAGAAACAUGAAGAUAAAUUUUUAGUUAUUGUACCAUUAUCAACUAUAACUAAUUGGACUAUGGAAUUUGAAAAAUGGGCUCCUUCAGUUAAAACUAUCGUUUAUAAAGGUAGUCAACAACAAAGAAGAGAUUUACAACCUGAAGUAAGAUUAGGUAGGUUUCAAGUAUUAUUAACAACUUAUGAAUAUAUCAUUAGAGAAAGACCUAUUUUGGCUAAAUUCGAAUAUAGUCAUAUGAUUAUUGAUGAAGGUCAUAGAAUGAAAAAUGCUGAAUCAAAAUUAUCAAUAACUUUAAGAACUUAUUAUAGAACUAAGAAUAGAUUGAUUUUAACUGGUACUCCAUUACAAAAUAAUUUACCUGAAUUAUGGGCAUUAUUAAAUUUCGUUUUACCCAAGAUUUUCAAUUCAGUUAAAUCUUUUGAUGAAUGGUUUAAUACUCCUUUUGCUAAUACUGGGAAUCAAGAAAGAAUUGAUUUAACUGAAGAAGAAAGUUUAUUAGUUAUUAGAAGAUUACAUAAAGUCUUGAGACCUUUCCUUUUAAGAAGAUUAAAGAAAGAUGUUGAAAAAGAUUUACCUGAUAAAGUUGAAAAAGUCUUGAAAUGUAAUUUAUCAGGUUUACAAUAUAUUUUAUAUCAACAAAUGUUAAAACAUAAUGCAUUAUUUGUUGGUUCUGAUGUUGGUAAUACUAAGAGUGGUAUUAAAGGUUUAAACAAUAAAAUCAUGCAAUUAAGAAAGAUUUGUAAUCAUCCUUUUGUUUUUGAAGAAGUUGAGACAGUUUUAAAUAGUAGUAGAUUAACUAAUGAUUUAAUUUGGAGAACUAGUGGGAAAUUUGAAUUAUUAGAUAGAGUUUUACCUAAAUUUAAAGCUAGUGGUCAUAGAGUAUUAAUGUUUUUCCAAAUGACUCAAGUUAUGGAUAUUAUGGAAGAUUUCUUAAGAUGGAGAGAAAUGCAAUAUUUAAGAUUAGAUGGUAGUACUAAAGCUGAAGAUAGACAAGAUAUGUUAAAAGUUUUCAAUGCUCCAAAUUCAGAAUAUUUCUGUUUCCUUUUAUCAACAAGAGCUGGUGGGUUAGGUCUUAAUUUACAAACGGCUGAUACUGUUAUUAUUUUUGAUACUGAUUGGAAUCCUCAUCAAGAUUUACAAGCUCAAGAUAGAGCUCAUAGAAUUGGUCAAAAGAAUGAAGUUAGAAUUUUAAGAUUAAUUACUAAUGAUUCAGUUGAAGAAGUUAUCUUGGAAAGAGCUCAUCAAAAAUUAGAUAUUGAUGGGAAAGUUAUUCAAGCAGGUAAAUUCGAUAAUAAAUCAACUGCUGAAGAACAAGAAGAAUUUUUAAAGAAAUUAUUAGAAGCUGAAACUUCUAAUGAAGAAAGUGAAGAAAAGAAUAUGUUGGAUGAUGAAGAAAUUAAUGAAAUUUUAGCUAGAAGUGAAGAUGAAAAAGUAUUAUUUGCUCAAAUGGAUAUUGAAAGAAAUAAACAAGAUAAAUUAUAUGGAGGGUUUAAGAAUAGAUUAAUUGGUGAACUGGAAUUACCUCCAGUUUUCACUGAAGAUAUUAGUCAUCAUUUUGAAAAAGAUACUAAAGAAUUAACAAGAAUGAGAAAUAAAAAGAGAGUUAAAUAUGAUGAUGGAUUAACUGAAGAACAAUGGUUAAUGGCAAUGGAUGAUGAUAAUGAUACAGUUGAAGAUGCCAUAAGAAGAAAAGAAAGACGUGCAGCUAAAAGAAGAAAAACUUUAGCAUUAAAAGAAGGUCUUGAUGAAGAUGAAAUUGAUGAUCUUGCUUUAGAUAUCGAUGAUGAUGAAGAUGAUGAUGAUGAUGAUGAACCAGAACCAGAACAAGAACAAGAACCUCAACCUCAACCUGAACAACCAAAAGAAGAAGAUUUCUCUGAUAAUCCUAUUAUUACCAAAGGACAAGAGAUUUUAAAUAAGAUGAAUGGUCUUACUAAUGCUAAUAAUGAAGAAAUUAUUGAAGUUUUCCUCAAAUUACCUUCAAGGAAAUUGUACCCUGAUUAUUAUAAAAUCAUUAAAAAACCAGUUUCGGUAAGUCAAAUUGAAAAAGCUUUAAAAUCAAAUAAAUAUUUUAAUAUUGAAGAUUUUAGAGAUGACAUUUUAACCAUGUGUUUAAAUGCUAAAACAUAUAAUGAAGAAGGUAGUGGAAUCUAUGAUGCUGCUACAAUCAUUGAAAAUUUUAUUAAUGAAGAACUCCCUGUGUAG